UGAGGCUGAAUUCCUUUGCCUCGCGCGGACCGGACCGGGCGGGGCCAGGCUGGAUCCCAGAAUCGCUUGCCGACCGUGCCCGGCACUCUGGCCCACCCCUUCCCUCCGCCCCCGCCGUUACCACCCGGAGACGCCCCCUCGCCGCACGCAGACGAGAAAGGGGGGCCUGUCCCGCCCCCACGAAGCCGGGGGGCCUGGCCGCCUCAGCUGCCCCCGCGGAAGGGGGCCGACUGGGUGGGAAUCGUGAGAUGUUUGUGCUGGAAGCGUCCCCCCCGCGAACGAAGAUGUGUGAAGCAUCCAAAGAUCAUAAUUGCUGGAAAGUUUGUUGACUGCUAUUCCCUGAAAGUCCUGAAACUUAAACAUCAAUCUGGCAUGGCACAGGGAAGCCAGCAGUUAGAUAUGCAGGUACUCCAUGACCUCCGGCAACGUUUUCCUGAGAUUCCUGAAAGUGUGGUGUCUCAAUGCAUGCUCCAGAAUAACAACAAUCUUGAUGCUUGUUGUCGAAUUCUUGCACAAGAGAGCAACAAAUACCUAUAUAUGGAGUAUCACAACCCAGAUGACACCCGAGUGAACAGGAAUCGUCUUCUGCAUAUUAACCUUGGCAUCCAUCCUCAUACUAACUAUGGAGGGGAUGGACCUCAACUUAAUGGUGGUCGUACACUGGUACAUAGUUCAAGUGAUGGACAUAUUGAUCCACAAUGCACCCCGGGCAAACAGCUGAUCUGUUUAGUCCAAGAACCACAUUCUGCUCCUGCUGUUGUAGCAGCUUCUCCAAACUACAAUCCUUUUUUUAUGAAUGAUCAGAAUAGAAAUGCAGCUACUCCUCCUCCACAGACACCUCAGCAAUCUUCUCCCAUACAGCCUGGAAUGAAUACAUCUACUAUGCAAGGUCCUCCUCCUCCUCCAUAUAUGCAUAUACCUCGGUACAGCACAAAUCCUAUAACUGUUACAGUUUCACAAAACCUCCCUUCUGGGCAACCUUUACCGAGAGCUUUACAAAUUCUUCCUCAGAUUCAAAGUACUCCUUAUGGAAGUCCUGGUUCACUCUAUAUUAGGCAGGCAACUCAAUGUUCUUCGGGACGACAGACUCCUACUCAAAGUACACAGUGGCAUUCAUCACCACCAGGUCCAGUUCCACAUUAUAGUCCACAUCCGUUACCUGUCUAUCCACAUCAACAGAGCUAUCAGCCUUCUCAGUAUUCUCCCAAGCAGCCUCAGAUUCCUCAGUCUCCUUUUAGAUCACCACCUGCUUCCCAGUGUCCUUCUCCUUUUGGAUCACCUCAACAUCAAGUUCAACCCAGCCAAUUAGGACAUCAAAGUUCCCAUGUAUUUAUGCCUCCUAGUCCUUCAACCGUGUUACCCCAUCCAUAUCAACAAACACCUCAGACAUAUCAAAAACCAAGUGGACACUCAGUAUCUUAUCUCCCAUAUGGUGGAUCUACUUUAUCUAAAGGCUCCAUGAACAAGAUAGAAAUUACUGUUGAACCACCACAAAGAUCUGGGACUACACUUAAUAGGAGCCCUUCACCUAUAAGUAAUCAGCCAUCCCAGCGGAAUCAGCACCCACUAUAUACACCUGCAACUCCUUCAAGUUCCCCUUCCAGAAGUAUAGCAGGUCAGCCUAAACCUUAUAGUGGUAAUCCUGUAUAUAUAACAUAUACACAACCAGUUGGACCUUCAGGUGUCCUUACACAGUCCCCCCGUGUAAUGGUAUCUCAGCCAAAUCCAGCAGUUUUUAAAAUCACAGUAGGUCGAGCUCUUGCUGAGAAUCUUCUAAAUUUAGUGGACCAAGAAGAACAUUCUGCAGCACCAGAACCUAUUCAACCCAUUUCAGUUGUACCAGGACCUGGAGGUGAAAGAGGAAGGCAUAAGUACCAGAGAAGUUCCAGCUCUGGAUCAGAUGACUAUGCUUAUACACAAGCUUUGCUGUUACAUCAACGUGCAAGGAUGGAGAGGUUAGCAAAGGAGCUGAACUUUGAGAAUGAGGAACUUGAGAAACUUAAAGGUGACGUAAAUAAUAUGGAACAUGAUCUUAUGCAACGGCGUCUGAGAAGAGUGAGCUGUACAACCUCAAUCCCAACUCCCGAGGAGAUGACAAGAUUGAGAAGCAUGAAUAGGCAGCUCCAGAUAAAUGUAGACUGUACUCAGAAAGAAAUUGACCUCCUUCAGUCUAGAGGAAACUUUGACCUGAAAGCCAUGAAUAAUUUUUAUGAUAAUAUAGAGCCUGGUCCUAUUGUGCCGCCAAAGCCAUGUAAAAAAGGAGAGAGAAUGUCAUCCUUAUUCCUUGAGGGAAGCUGUGAAGAGGAUGGUGGCCACAACAGAGAAGGCACAAUUCCUAGGUCCCACAAGGUGACAGCAGUUAAUGACCAUCAAAAUAGUUCCAAGCAAGUUCUGCGAUCACAGCCAAGAGAUGAGGACUUUGAAGGAGCUCCAUGGAAUUGUGACAGCUGUACUUUCUUGAAUCAUCCAGCACUGAAUCGUUGUGAACAAUGUGAAAUGCCGCGGUAUGCCUGAAUUUAUCAAAGUCUACUUUGUAUUAAGAUGGGCUUUGAGAUCUCAGCCAUAGAUGAAAAUUCGGGGGAUCUUUUAGUUCUCUACCAGAUCAUUUUCAAUUUUUGAGAGAAAAAAAUCUUUUUCAUUCAUGCUGCACUAAAGAUUAGCUUAUGGAAACAUAUUCUUAUCCCAUGGUGGUAAGAAAGUUUGAAAGGAUAUUCUGAAUCCAAGAUGAAGAAUGUAUGCAGGAAAACAAGUGAUUACUGUUGUUCUAGCCCCCAUAAUUACAUUUGCUUGUUAGUAGUCCUUAUAUAUAUAUUUUUAUAAGCAUUGAACAAUUACUUUGUGAAGUGUUACAGGUAUGCAGACAAACUGUGAAGAACCAGAGCUGAUCUGGCCAGAGCAAGCUGGAAAACAAGAGCUCCCUAUGUUUCCAGAUUAUAAACUACUGAAAAAAGGGGGAAUCAAAGAACAGAAAAGGAUAGUCUGACAUGCUGCUUUUUUCAGGGUAAAUUAAGUCUACACAAUUGCUGUUUUGAUAUUGUGAAUCAUGGUAGGGAGGGAAAAGUACUGUACUAUCUUAUUUCUAGAGUACAAUCAGAAGUUAUUUUACAGUCCCUUUUGCUUGUACAGCACUCACCAAGUCAUGCUAACACUGGUAGUUAAAUAAUUAUAUCAUAUUACACAAGAAAAAUAGUGCUGCAUGCUUUCAUUAGGCCUUUGUGUUUUAAAGCUAAAAAGUAAAAGUAUGCUUUUAUAAAUUACCAGUAUGUUCCCUUGAAACUGCUUGACAGUGGAGUGGACAUAUACCAAAUGCAGAACUGUUCCAAAUUCUUUUUGGAAAACUUGAGUUCAGCCAUUGAUAGUAUAAGAAAUGUUUGCACCCUCUUUCUUAGGCCUUUCAGCUUCCAUUUAUGUGAAGAAUUCAUAAUGUUUACAGCACAGAAGGUACUUUGUAUCCCCAUUCUGAUUUCACUGAAAACCACUAAUCAAUAUGAGCUCUCCAAUAAAGUUUAUUUGGACAUUGUCAGUAAACUAACUUGUAUUAAUUAGUAUGAGUGGUGGUUUUUGAAAUGUUGCACAUUGUAUUUUGGUGUGAUCCUUAGACAUUUAAAGGGUAUAGGGAAUCCAGAAAUGAUAUAGAGAAUCCAAAAGUUGAAUUGUACUAGUACCUGUAUGAAUAUGCUAAUCAUGUAUAGGAAAUUUUAUUUGUGAGUGCUUCAGGAUAUUGAAAUAAAGCAAUCUUCUGAGUUUGAAGUUGAGUCAAAAAUAAAAUUGUUUAUGAAUAAUCAGAAUUCCUUUUUCACACUGAAGAAUCACUAGGACAGUGAAUUUUACUUCUUACACAUUCAUUACUCUAGAUUUUGCAGGGAUUGCAAAAUGGAGAAUCAUAUUUUAUUUGCGCAUAUCUUGCUUUUAUCUGUUAGUAUUAUAUAUGAUAUAGUUUCUGUUCAAAUUGAAAUGUAUUGAAUGCAAUAGAUGUUAGUCCAUAAAAUUCUUACAGAAGCUAUAUGGAAUAAAGCUUGAUUUAAUCAGUCAAUCAAAUAGAACAAUUACAUUAUUAUUAUUAUUGUUAUUGUUAUUAUUGUUAUUAUUAUUAUUUAUAUUUGUAUACCGCCAUUCUUCCGAAGGACUCAGGGCGGUUCACAGCCAAUAAAAACAACAGAAAACAUAUAAUACAUAUAAAACAGCUAAAAACAGUAUAGAAAACUUAUUCAAUUGAUGGCUUAAAACUUUUAAAUACAAAUUUAAAACCCCAUUUAAAACCCCUGAUUUAAAACCCCAAUUUAAAACUACGUUCACGCUAGUCCUGCUCGUCGAAACAACGUCUUCAGCUCGCAGUGGAAGGUCCAGAGGUCGGGGAGUUGAUGAAGGCCCAGAGGAAGCUCGUUCCAGAGGGUAGGAGCCCUCACAGAGAAGGGCCUCCCCCUGGAGGUCGCCAGCCGACAUAGUUUAGCUGACGGUAUCUGGAGGAGGCCCUCUCUGUGAGAGCGCACUGGUCGGUGAGAGGCUACUGGUGGUAGUUAGUGCCCAUAUUAAGAUUUUUUUAGUUGACUUUUACACUGUAACAAAUAUGACUGAGAAUUAAAAGGGAACUUGUAAGAAUUCUGUAUCCCUACUUAAGAGUAAAAUUAUGAAAUUUUCUUUUACCUAGAGAAAAAAUUAAGAUGUGAAGAUGCAAAGACUCUCAUGUAAAGUGUUCUUUUUUAAGUUAUCUAUUAAAUCUCAUUAGUAUUGCUCCUUAGUAUUGGUCAUAACUUCAUGAUCUUUUUAAAACAACCUGCUUGGCACUUAGUCAACUACUAUAGGGAAGGUAAUUGUACUCAUGAAGUUCAAAACAUAAAUAGCAUGUUUGGAGGUAUUCACGAUUUUAAUUGGCAAUGAGAUACUGUACUUACAGGUUUAUACGAAAGUUAGGCUGAGUUUAUUUUAAGGGAUUUUUUUUCCUGGAUUUGGAAAGCACCAUCAAAAUUUUGAUGAACGAAUACAUAGGAACUUAAGGUUUCCUUAUCUUAUGUCAUGAGCAGGGAAUUCUUUGGACAUGCCAUGCUGGGUGAGUUCAGUACAUUUGCAUAAUGCCCAGGCUAGAUUGUGGAACUAAUAUAAUGUUCAAUGAUCUACUCAUAUUUUCACUACUGAAAUAGAAGUCAAAACACAGUUUGUAGCAGGGAAGGUAAUAGUGUAAUUUCAGUGUGCAAAAGAAUCCUUUUACUGAUUUACUUGUAAAUGUCCUUUCACAUGUAAUAUAGAUGAUAGCAAUGAAAAUAAUUUUAAUAUGUAAGUUCAUGUGACUCUAUUCAUGUCUAUGUGGAAAGUACCCAGAAAUAAGUGAAUUCAAUCAAAAUGGAUUUAGGUUAUGCCAAAAUAAUUGCUGAUUGUCUAAAAGGUUUCAUUAAUGUCUGGACUCCUUAUGUUUAAUACACGAAAUGCACUGCAAUGACUAUAAAUUCAGAAUGUGCGUGUCUGAAUGGUGGGAUUCUGAGGCCAUCAGGAAUUUUAAAAAUGCACUACUUUUUAAUAAUAACUGAUUUGCCCUUGCCCAUAGGUCUUGGAUGAAUCUGUUUACUAGAAAAUUCAAGAAUACCUUCUAAUUCUCCAAAACCUUUUCUUUAUAUAUGCCUCUUUUGUAUUUAAUGUUAUUAAAAUGUAUCCUUUCACAUAUAAAAAGAUGUCCCAAUUUUGAUUGAUAGAAUAGUUUAUAGCAAGCCAAAAUUAAAUCCUGUACUUGAUUAUUUGAUGAAACUAUCAAGCUAGCAUGUUUGUGUAGGAAAGAGGGCUAAGAAGAAAAGAGACACUGUUUUGUAAAAUCUGAUGGAGAUGUGUAUUUCUCUGUGAUAUGUAUGUAUUUUUCCUUAUGGCAGAUGUGUGAAGCAAAUAUAAUUUUUAAAGAGCUGGUCUCAGUCAUAUUAUUAAGUCAUGUUUUCCCUCAGUUAUUGUAUGUUUCAUUUCUGUACAGUUCUUAUUUCCCAUCCUUUUUUAUUAUAAAUUUCUUUAAAAUUUCUCGGAUUUUACAGACUUGGAAAUUAGGACAAAAUAUUUUAAUUUUUUUAAAGAGUACAUGAAAAAAUUAAACAUUUGGUUAUGACUUUGUAUUCUUGAAUUUACAAGCUUCUAACUUGAGAAAGCGUGCAAUGUGGUCUAAAUGUGAAAUAAAUUCACACUAUAGCAUGGAAUAGAAUGAUAGGCUGUCCGUCAACCGAAGUUUGAAAACAUGCUGAGAAAUAAAUGCUCAUUAUAGUUAACAUUGUGUCCAUGUGUUAUAUUUGUUUUUACAAAUAACCUUUACAAAUAACCUGUGCGAGAAAGGGAAUCCUUAAUAGGUAGGUUAGUUGAAUUAAUAUAAUAGCUUAAUCUUUUUUUUAAGUUUUUUAAAAAUAUGUUCUUUAAAACCUGUGUAUCUUCUGCUCUAUUGAAAUCCUGUUAACUUUGUUCACUAUAAAACAAAACCAUGCUCUUUCUAAUUGUAAAUAGGGUGUUUUCCUAUCAUAUGGAUUUGUGUAUGCUGUGAAUGAAAACUAUUAUUGCAAGAUAAAAUGUAUACGAUGUUAAGAGGCUGUGCAUGCAUGAUUUUCCAAAUAACAUAUAUUGAACGCUGCAGUUGCCUAAACCCAAUAAACUAAGAAAAUGUAACAUCGUGCUUUUGGUUUUAUAUGUAGCAAGAACUUGCAGUUUCUUUUAAAUCUUUCAUCUUAAAAUAGAGCAUCCUUAUAGGUGUACUGCAUUUUUUCCCCCCAAAUAUAGAUAGUUUUCUUUGAUGUCUUUAUUGAACUUAUUGUCAGCCUUUCUUGCAUGUUAGAUGCAUGCAAAUGGUGCAUACAAAUUGUGGUCCUGUGCAAUGGAAAAUUAGAAUUUUUUACUUUAUUGUCUUCAUCUUUUAUACAUCUCAUCACACCUGCUUUGGUUUUUAGUUGUCCAAAAGAUAUCUAUAAUAUUUUUUAAUUUUCUUCAGCAAGAAUUUAUAUGGUUAGACAAAGGACAGUUUGCUUUUAUGUAGCCACUUAAACAGGUAUGGAACUUCAUUCAGCCAAGAUACUAUCCAUUCAAUAGUGCUUCAAAAGUUUAGGUGAUUUUAAGGGGAAUUAAUGGCAUCACUUUAGUUUAACAAUUCCUGAUUAAGGCUUGUUGCUUUUUUCCCCUGUCUGCAGAUAGGAAGCCACUAUUUACACAAAGAAAAAUUAUUUUAUAGAAGACAGGAACAAAACAAUUGGAAAGAACCACCUUACACAUUCCUAAUGGUAGUCCUAGCCAUACAAUUACUUUUUCUUCAUAGAAAUAAGCAGGAUCACUGGUAGUGGUUUAACUUAGGUACAGUUCAGACUCAGUGGAAACACUGGAUAUCCCUUAAAGAUAUAUAGAAUGGAUUUUAGUGAUCUGCUUACUCAUUGAAAAUGUUUGGGCAGUACUCUGCUUUUUAGCCACGAAAUACAAUUUAUUCCAGUAGCAGCUGGAUCCCUACUGGUGGUUGCCUCUUAAGGAAAUCUAUAAUUAAUUAGGUAAUUAAGAAUAAAUUAAAUGGUCCUUGCUGUCCUUUCUAAUCAGGGGUAGGUUCCACUUACCUUCACUACAGGUUUGCAACGGGAGCGUGCUUGCGUGCGGCGCUUCUGUGCAUGUGCAGAGCAUUCGUGAUGACGUCUGGGUGAGUGGGUGGAGCCUUCCGCCGCCGUUAUUAUCGGUUCACAAGAUCUGGACUGAACCGGUAGCAACCCACCACUGUUUCUAAUGAUUUGUGUCCAACUUAUAUGAAUUCCCUUAAAAAAUGGUUCCCUCUUUAAAAACAAUUAAAGGCUAAGUAACUAACAUGUAUAUUGUAAGAUAAACUACCACAUCCAGUGAUUACUUUAA